AUGUCACACGUUGUUAUUGGUGGUGGAACCGGUUUCAUUGGUCGCCGGUUGGUAAAAACGUUGCUCGCUGAAGGAUAUGAAGUGACGACGAUUUCGCGCAUGCCUGGUCCCAAACACAUCAGCUGGCACGAACUUGAAAAACACGGCCUACCGAACGGAACAACGGCUGUUGUCAAUCUUGCUGGUCAAAAUGUGCUCGAUCCGACUCGCCGCUGGACACCUGGAUUCAAGCAGAACGUUUGGAACUCGCGCAUUAACACGACAGCUGCCUGUGCCCGUGCAAUCGAACGGGCAACCGUUAAACCGUCCGUGUUCGUCAACAUCUCCGGCGUUAGUCAUUACGCACCGGGCAGCCAAAAGCACACCGAACUGUCGAAGGUAUCAGACUACGAUUUCAUGUCACGGCUCUGCAUUGAAUGGGAAAGGGCAGCUACACUAUCGGAUAACUCAAUCUGCCGCAGCGUUCGCAUCCGAAGCGGUGUUGUGCUUGGCCGUGAAGGUGGAAUGAUCCAGUCGUUAAUACUGCCCUUCUGGUUCGGUUUUGGCGGGCCAGUAGGUGAUGGGCGCCAUGAUUUGCCCUGGAUACACGCGGAUGACCUGUGCGGAAUAAUACGCUUCGCAAUCGAACGGCCCGAGGUGACCGGCGUUUUGAAUGGUGUAGCACCCGAAUUGUCUACCAAUGCGGAUUUUACCAAAGCAUUUGCAUCCGCCCUGAUUCGUCCCGCCAUUUUUCCAAUGCCCAUAUUUGCGCUGAAUCUCAUCUUUGCCGAGGAGCGAGCAGUACUACUGACGAAUGGAGCGAAGGUGGUACCGCAACGAGUGCUCGAGUAUGGUUUCCAGUAUCGGUAUCCGAAUCUACAAUCAGCUUGCAAGGAGGCAGCCCACCUGUUCUAA